UAUGGUGUGUGUAUGAUGGGCCUGACGCGUUCCAUACGAUGAUAAAUAGGAUGAGGCUUUGAGGUCUCUGAGGCCAACCUUGAGAGGGAUUGAGAGUGAGAGCCGCUGGCCAAUCUAAGGCCAAUCUAAGGCCGGAUAGACGGAGUGACUGAGGCUCCAACCAGUGCAUUCAAAACGGGAGAACACGCCGAGUUGGAAAGUUCAAAAUCCCCGAGCCUAUCUUCAAAUAGGUCUAACAGCCAGUCAAUCAAGUCUUUAGGGUACUAAAGCAAAUAUAUCAAACCAAUAUUCGGCAUGUCUAGGCAUCAUUAUCCCCAAUGGAGCUACGGUUACACCUUGGGCCCACCGUCCUUGGCCAAUCGAGGCAAUUAUUCUAUGUAUCACCGUGGGGGGCCAGCUCCGCCCCUCAGAGGUAGGCCUGGCCCAUUUUUCGGAGCCCCCCGAUUUGGUCCGGGUGGCCGACCUCCCUUCCGGGGACCACGCCCAGUCAUGCCCUCGGGUGAGGCGGGUCCUCCUCCCGGCAGAGCUGCGCUGCCCGAAGUUAAUCCUGAAGCCUCUUCGGAGGCAGGUGAUACGCCCGUUAAGCCCGGGUCUCCAACUGAUGGCUUGGCUGCUGAGGGUUCCAAUGAAGUGGGACCACCCACCAAAGAAGAGGGAGAGGGCGUAGAAAAAGAAGGACAAGAACGGCCAGUUUCAGAGAUACUGAAAGGCCGCAAUCCCAUCAUGUACUGCAAUGACCAAUCGAAAUUUCGAAAGCUUCACAUGGAUUGGGAACAAAUCAGUGAAACGGGACCCCCCCACGACAAGACAUUCACGUGGACUCUCAAAAUGGGCGACAUGAGUACCGUGGGGGUAGCCAAUAGUAAGAAGCUGGCCAAAAACAGAGCCGCGGAGGAGAUGGCCAAGAAGUUGGACAAACUUCCUCGUGUGAUGAAAAGGAAUUUCUUUCAAGCCAACAAUCAGUUCUACCCACCCGGAUUUCGAAUGCCUCCACCCUGGAUGAUGAAUCCGAAUUUUGGCCCACCCCCAUUUGGUGCGAAGAAAAAGAAGACGGAAAAGAACCCCGAGUCCCAAGAUGGUGCCACUCCGGGGGAAGGAUCUGAGCCCAAAUCGAGCACAGAGAAAUCGAAAGAGGUUAUUCCAAAAGUCAUCAAUCCCUCGCAAAACAAUCCGAUUUCCAAGCUUUACGAGCACUGCAAAAAGGCCAAGCAACCCGAGCCCAUAUUCGAAACCAUAUCCGAGAACGUGCUCGAGGCUCGGAAAACACCCCAAGGCUUCGUCCUCAAGAAGACCGAGUUUACAAUGCAAUGCACGAUUCAGAAUAAGAAAUUUAUUGGAACUGCUAUGACCAAAAAACAAGCCAAACAUAAUGCGGCCGCCGUAGCUUGGGCCGAAAUUGGCGUUGGAGUUGGGCAGGAGUCAAUUAAUGAUCUUUUAGAGACUCAAAGAAACAAUGUGGGAUGAAGUGAUCAGCAUCCCAUUUUUAUGAUUAUUAUUAUCCUGCUGACCUUUUUUAUGUUACCCUCAUCCCUCUCUCUGUGUCUUCUUUCUCAGUUCGGGUUGAAUAGCUUUUGAUGUGAGGUUAAAACCGAAAGAUACAUUUGAUUUACAUACAUCUUGAGGUUUUUCAAGCGAAUUCUUGCUCCUCAUUGGGAUUGGGUAUGGUCUGAAUGAAAAGAUGUUACAGAGUUGUGGGUGUCAACUUUCAAAACAGAUUGCUAAUUUGAGAGGUUUUUAUCCCAGUUUGAUGGCCCCCAAGUUUGUGUUUCAGCCACAAACCAAAGAAAAAAUUGAAAUAUAAGUCAUUUCAUUUACAAA